AUGCUCUUUCUCAAGCAGCUUGUAUGCUCCAAGCUUGAUUGUGAUCCUCACACCCACUUUCUUGCCUAUCAUGGAGUUCAACUUUCUGAUUGGGAUGUGGUCUCUAGUUUUGAUUUUAUUGCUAAUAAUGAUGCUUCUGUUGAUGUUCUUCCACGCAGUAGCAUCAACAAUUGCUACGUCCUCUGCUAUGACUGCGAUAACGUUACUCCCGCUGUUUUUGCCACUGUUUGUGAGAAAUGCGCUUCUCUCAAAUUUGAAGUCUUAAAUGGCAUUUCCAGCCCCCAAAUCCGAACUGUGAGUGGCACUUGCAUGGACUGCGGUUGCACUUCAUCCACAGUUUUAAUCAGCUGCUCAAAUGAUGCUACUCACAGUCGAACUAUAUUUCUGAAACAAGUAGUUCGAAACUUUGAUCACUUGAUAUGCAUUGCAUGCUGUAGUGAAGCUACUGAAGUCAUUGUUAAAUUUUGUGAAAAUCGUGGACACAUUCUUUGCUUAGAUUGCUUCCGCACCUACGCUGAAAGCUAUCUAUCUGAUGCCAAAUUUGUGCUCGUUCCUGACAUUGGUUAUACUCUUCCUUGUCCACUUGGAUGUCCGAAGUCUUACAUUGCGGAUACCCAUCUCUUUCGUGUCCUCGGUAGAGCCUUCUACUCUCGAUACAAAGAGUGCGCCGCCAGGUUCUUCUGCUACACAGAAGGUUGUAUAUCCUGUCCAAACUGCGGAAACUUUUGGGAAAGAAAAGACGAUCUCGAUCUUAAUUCAUGGAUCACUUGUGAAAAGCCAUACGGCUGUGGAGUCGAAUUUUGUUCCCGAUGUCGGAAUAUUGCCCCUGAGGUGGGUACCGCUUCUCAAUGCACAUGCGCAUUUGGUGAAUCACUUAGAGAGCAAUCUCUUGGUGACCAGAUUAUCCGUCGUGGAAUAGCUGGUGCUUGGAACGGUGUCAAGUUUAAUUCUUCAGAUUUGGCUACUUAUUCUCUCAUCUCGGUGACCUACAUGCCAACAGGCCAUGUGAGGGCUCCUCUCAUUGUUCCUCUUCGACUUCCAGUCGAGGGUCAAUACAAAAAUUCAAUUGACAGUUCUACACAAGUGGAAAUCUCCACUGACACACCGUUGGCGCGAGUCUACUUCACGAUUGAUGGAUCUAGACCAGAUCCCACUUCGUGGAAGCCUCGUCAUCCGCAGCCUGGCCCAACUUACCAUUUUCAAAAGCCAUUCACUCUUUCACCUGGUGUGAAAACCAUCAAGGCGAUCGCUUUCAUCCCGUCAGAUAUCGGCCAGAGUUCACCCUCCUCACGAUCACCUGAUGGGAGAUUUACCAGGGUCAUGGAGACAACUCCACAAAAGGGGAACCGAGUUUCCAUGGUUUCCGAUGAGGAGGACAAACCCAAGAAAGCGCCAUCAAAAUUGCACUUGUACCGUAGUAAUCGAUUGCAGAGGAAAGUUGACAUUUUCAACUGCCCGACAUGCUUGGCCUCAAGACCGAUUGACAAUGACGCAGCUUUCUGCUCGACAUGUGGCACAUCAUUGCCACGACUACCGAGUCCCAUCAUCUCUUCAACUCAGAUGGUUGCGAAUUCGGAUGUCUGCACCAUCUGUGGUUCUAGAAUGGUGGUUAAUACCACUAAGUGUCUGGUCUGCGAAUCACCCAAGGCUCGCGUCAAAAAGGCAUUGAUCGGUGAACCGGAUAGUAUGGAUCGUCGGCUAUGCUCUGCCUGUGGUUCUCUCAACCCAACUCGAGUCAAGUAUUGUCUGACCUGUGAGGCAGUUCUUCCUCUUACUGCAGCCAAUCUGGUAAAUAUCUCCCCUCUUCUCCGUAAGUCACCAAACUCGCCUCCUCCUCCACCUACCUCCACCAAUACAACUUCCUCCAAUCGGAUGGCGGCAAAUUGCCGAAUCUGCUCGAGGCAGAACUCAUUGGGUGCGCGGUUCUGUGACUGGUGCGGCAUUCAGAAUCCUUGUGAUGUAGACCUAGCUAGUCACCUCCAGAGUUGCGCAGUCUGCCCCAAGUGCUUCUGGCAAACACCACGUGACUCGCGUUUCUGUUCUCAAUGUGGAUUUAGUUUUGCUGGAGCCUCAGAAUCAUCCUCCAUGUACGAAUACUCACUGGGUAAGCUGCCAUUUGUGAGGUAUUUUGUAUACAUAGGACACAGUACCCAUGUUCCUGGGUCAGAAAAUCACUCCAUGCUCUCAAUAACGCCGCGUGCCAACAGAUCAGUAUCCACCCAAACCGUGGGAUUCUUCUACCCCCGAGGAGGUCAUGACAAACCUCCCAAACUUCCCGACCGGCCUAUCAAGAGUCUAACCAGAUCACGACCCCAUUUGAUGGGUUUCGUUAGUCCUGGCAAAGGUAUGUUCACAACGCCUAGCUUUGAUCUACAGUACGAUCAUGCUCAACACAACUCCUCCGAUAUCAUGCAUCUCGUUUACGCUGAUGUGGAUGAAAGCCAACCGGACGAGGUCGUAAUUUGCUUCACUUUCAAGCGCCACGGUCCCUUGCCGCGAGUGUGUGCACUCGGUGAGACCUCGGAGGCGCCGAUCGACGUGGCAGAGAAUGGAGAUCGAAUGAGUCUCAGCCCUCCCACCUCCGGUCCACGAUAUCGACGCCAGACCAACAACAGCAACACAACUGAAUUUGCCUAUCCUUUGCGGGCGGCUAGCACACCGAUUUUGAAAUUCGAUCCCUCGUACACAAGCGGUGCUGACAUCAAGUCUCCGCCCUCUCUGCCAGUGGAUCAACCCUUCCGGUCCUCCUCACCGAACUCAAGCGCUCCUAAUGUCUCCUUCCUAAGAGGGCUGGAUAACCUGCAGGUACGAAGCAUCCCAUUAAAUGUAUUACUACUUGUUGGUCAAGAAAUGCAUGUCUAA